CGAACACUUUAUGAAUACCAUCUGCAGGGGUGACUUGGCAAGCAGGAAUAUGUUGGGAUAUGUCUCAGAGGGUCCAAAAUGUUCGGUGAGUGGCACAUUUUCAGUCAUUCAUUUUCUUCAGGCUAGAGGAUAAAUACUUAAGCUUGGACUUUGAUUCUAGUGUAAACCGUAACGUUAAACGUAUGUGCCUGUUGUUUAAUGCUCUUUACUGAGCCAUUUGAUAAAUUAUUCUGUAGCUUACAGUAUGAUACUUUGUAACAGAUGCGCUAUAACGCCUUUGCUUGAAUAUUUGACAAUUCUGAUCAACAGUUCGCUCUCUUAUUGUAUGACUAUACAUAACAUUUGUAGGCUACAUAAUCUAGCAUAGCUCAAAUUAAUUUACAUUUAUGCUCACUUAUUUCUGAAGGGUAGACCUAUACCCCGUCCAAUGUAGGCGACCUCCUGUUAUUCUUCUAAGUAGCCUGAUUGGAUGCGGUGCUUAUGAGAGAGGUAUAGGAUACGUUCCUCCGCUAUUUGUAACCCAGCAACAGUCUCAAUGAAUGGCUGGCUGAACAAAUCCUAUUAUUUUAAGAAUUUACACAAUUAUUAGAUCAGACGUAUCCCGCAGAGUAAACUAUUUCCAAUAUUGCCUGAGACAAAGUGACUCCGCAAGAUAACACUUUUUAAUUUGGGGCACAAGGAGGGGUCUAACUUUGUAGCUGGAGUAAAUCAAAGUGACUUUUGCUACUGACACAAAUAGACGCAUACUUUAUGUGCCAAAUGACAAAUUCAUAAUUUGUUGUCAAAAUGCCUGCUGCUUUGCAAUGUUUCACUAAUGUAAUAAUUGCAUGGCUUUGGGGGUUUGACAGAAAGAUCCGCUCUACGCACGCGUGCCAACUAAAAAGGGUUCCACCCUCUACCUGAAAGGAGCGCACCUGGAUCCAACGAGACGGAAGUAGUUUGUAGAGAUUGAGAAACGCUCCACAGAUUUUCUUUUUACGAUAUGCUUGGCAUAAUUUGAUGGACUUUUUUAAAUCAAGGAUUUGGAUUGCAGUUCCCAUCCUUAUUAUGUAACGUCCAGGUAAGUCAUAUAAUUUUCCGGAAAAGAAUGUUAAACUGCAGUGAAAUGACAAGUACAUUUUAUAGUAGCCUGAUCUAUCCUGUCGUUUAGUAGACUACUGUACAGUAAAACGUUCUCCAACUCUUUUAAUGGAAAAGUAUUGGAGCAAAACAAUCACAUAUCUUUUUACUUUCCUGCUUUCAUGUGUGGAAGUUCAUAAUUCAAAUGGCAUGUAACAGUUCAUUCUGUUCUCAGCUUUGAAUAAAUAAGUGUUUUCCAUGCAUGUGAGACUGAGUUUUAUGAUCUUGCUAAUUGCCUCUGUUUAUUUGACACAUUUGUCACAUUCGUUGCAACUGACUGUGUUAGGUGAAGUGCUGUCUCAAAGCAAUCUACCCCACACAUCUCCAGAAGAAUGAGUGGUCUCCGCAGAGUUCUCCGAAGGCGAUUACACCCCUUAAAACUGGUGAUAGUCGCCCUUAUUUUUGUCACAUUUUUGUUCCUUAUACAACGUGAGGUAGUAAGCCAAAGUCCCACACAAGAAGAGCCCUGGCUGAAGGAGAUAGCUGUCAAGCGGGAUGCCGUGCUGGGCAUGGUGAUGGGGGCAGUCAAUAACUUCAGGGAUGCCAUGCCAAAGAUGCAGAUCAAAGCCCCAGUGCGUCAGCAGGAGACUGCAGGGGACUUCUCCUGUUUGUCAGGGACCUACACGGCUGCAGAGCUGAGGCCAGCCCUGGAGCGUCCACCUCAGGACCCCAAUGGCCCCGGAGCCUCUGGGAAGCCCUUUCACACAGACAAACUGAGCCCUGCUGAACAGAAGGAGAAGGACCGGGGAGAGGAAAAACACUGCUUUAACCUCUACGCCAGCGAUCGCAUCUCUCUCAGCCGUGACCUGGGCCCUGACACCAGACCACCAGAGUAUGUUAUUUCUCAAUAAUUAACUAGCCAUUUUUGUGGAAGCUGUCACAGUUGUUUCCAUAUACAUGCUCUAAAAUGUAUUGUCACAGUGCCAUAUGCUUCAGUUCAAACCAGCAUGGCCAUGUAAAAAUGUCCAGUAAAUCUUGGGGUCAGUGGCCCUGUUUAUGAUGGAAAUUCUAUCAUUAUAGGUUAUGUUGUAAAACAUCCUAAUUUGAAGCAAACAUCUCGAAGGGAGUUUCUCCUCAUCACAUAGCAGCACCAUCUUGUGGUGUUCAAUAGAACCGUUUCUCUGUAGAGGGAUUCAAUUUCCAUUAAUUUUGAUGUCUUGUCUCAGUGGCUCAAUAUGAAACCAAAGUCACAUUCUGAAUGACCACAGACGGAAGGAGAUAACAAUAUUAUAUAAUGUGUCUCCAACAGACAUGAUGGUUUUAACCCAAACAAGUCUUUGAUAUUUUCUUUUAGAGUUAUUGAGGAAAAUUUCACUCCAACCACAACCCAAGUUUUUCUGUCUGAAACAUUGUUUCAGCAUGUGUGCCCAGUAAAUGUGGCUGGGUCAAGAAAAAGCUGAGUUUUGUUUGGCUAAUUAAACAAGUCUGUCCAUGUUUCUAUUAUUUUUAAUGGGGUAAUUUACACAGAUUCAGACUGUGUCUAAUGCGGGUGGCAUUUUCAAGGGAGUCCCAUAUCCCAAUGACACAACUGAAACAGACACCCCUUUAAGGAGGGACUUCAGAUGUUUCAACCACAGUCCUGCACUGAAAGCCCUCUCAGGGACCAUAAAAGACACCACAUUGUUAUUUUUGUAUGGUUUUCUUUUGCAGAUGUAUCGAGCAAACGUUCAAGCGUUGUCCCCCCUUGCUGACCACCAGCGUGAUCAUUGUGUUUCACAACGAAGGCUGGAGCACUCUGCUGAGGACGGUGUACAGCGUCCUCCACACCUCCCCUGCCAUCUUCCUCAAGGAGAUCAUCCUGGUGGACGAUGCCAGUGUGGACGGUAAGGAACUAACCAGCAGGACCACCCUGUUCUCACUUGGAAUUAUUUUUAGACAGGCGGCCCGCUGGUGUGCCAUGAAAUGUGCAGGCUGGAGCCCCGGCUUCUUGUGAAGGGGGUUAUAGCAGGAAGUAGCACUGCUAGUGAAUGCUUUCCUAAGAGGGGCUAGCUAGUCCAUGGUGCUGUGGAGAAAUGAGUCAGAGUUUGCUCUUGUAAACAGGCCCAAGGCCGAGGGAAAAUAGGAGGGUCAUUCCACCUCCAAAAAGCACAAGAAAGAGGUUUUUGACACCCACCAUCUUAGAUUGUUCUGAAAUCGUUUCUGUUAUUAGAAACAGAUAAGAUUAGCAUUCCUGCAACAUUAUUUUGUUGAAAUAUAAUUUGAUCUCUGUGAAAUUAAGCUAAUUGAUAACACCCAAAUGUGCCAUUUUAAUUUAUAGGAUUCAUAUAAUAUUCAAUAAAUAUAGUACCUAACAUCCAAUUUGGACCAAACCUUUUUCUAACAAUGAGUUAGAAAUUAAGUGGGCCUCCCGAGUGGCGCAGUGGUCUAAGGCACUGCAUCGCAGUGCUUGAGGCGUCACUACAGCCCCCGGUUCGUUCCCAGGCUGUGUCACAGCCGGCCGUGACCGGGAGACACAUUUGGCCCAGCGUCGUCCGGGUUAGGGGAGGGUUUGGCCGGCCGGGAUUUCCUUGUCCCAUCGCGCUCUAGCGACUCCUUGUGGCGGGCCGGGCACCUACAAGCUGACUUUGGUCACCAGCUGGAUGGUGUUUCCUCCUACACAUUGGUGCAGCUGGCUUCUGGGUUAAACGAGCAGUGUCAAGAAGCAGUACGGCUUGGCAGGGUCGUGUUUCGGAGGACGCAUGGCUCUCGACCUUUGCCUCUCCCGAGUCCGUAGGGGAGCUGCAGUGAUGUAACUAUCAAUUAGAUAUCACGAAAUUAGGGAGAAAAAGGGGUAAAAGUACAAAAUAAAAACAUGAGAAAUCGGACCCCAACAACAGGAAAUAGUAUCAGUCUGACAAGUACUAUGGAGCUGUGGCUCAGAGUGUUGUUUUUUUCAUCGUAUGUAAUGUAUUCUCAGUGAAUUUGGUGACAGUGUCUUUCCCCUGUUUAGAGAAAUUAGUAAUUGAAGUUGUUGGGUUUAUGUCCCAUCCUACAUCCUGAUAUUUCCAGGUUCUGACCACUAGAUGGUGCUGUUCCUGCUAGUAGGUGAUUUUUAUUUUUUAAAGAAUUAUAGUACCUAACAUCCGAUUUUGACCAAACCGUUGUCUAAAAAUGAGAAAGACAUGACAUGAGGAAUCCAAAGAAGUGGUCUAUAAUUAUUGAAUAUUAUGUGAAUCCUGUACAUUUAAAAUGGUAAAUUUGGGUGCAAUCAAUUAGCUUAAUUUCUCAGAUAUCAAAUUAUUUAUAUUUGAAAUAAAUUAUGUUUCCGAAAUGCUUAUAUUGUCUGUUUCUAACUGCAGAAACAAUUUCAGAACAAUCCAAGAUGGUGGGUGUCAUGGCUUGCUGAAAUGACAUGGAACGACCUAGGAUGUUUUGCUAAAGGAAAGAGUAAAAUGGUAGUGUGCUGGGAAAGAUGGGUUAGUAUGGGGACAACUGAGGGUUGUAAUUAAGAUUAGAGUGUACUGUAUAUGUGAGCAACGAUAGCUGUGAAUAGCAGUAGAAGGCGUAUUGUUGGCAGUUAGGGGUGGUAGGUUUAAAAAUAAAUACAAAUAAAUGGGAGGAUUAGAAAUUCUGCAAACAAUUAUUUUGAUAUAACCCAAAAUCUAUCUGCAAUAUUACACUUGUGAUUUCCCCAAGGGAAAUGCAGCCCCACUGAGUGACACUCAAAACUCACAGUCAUUUAUUGGGAAUAGCCCGCUAUUAGAUGAAUGCCAGGCAUCUCACUCACUCUUUCAUUCACUCUGUUGAAGUGUAAGCUUCCAUACUGGGGGGCCAAGUUGAGGUAGAGGCCAACUCUCCCAGAUAGUCACUGAGGCAGGAAUUUGAGCAAAAAUUAUCAUUUCAUUGUAUUUGGCACAUUGUUUUAUUCUUACAUUUCAAAGCUUUUUGCUGUAGGUUGCUCUAGUAAGUCCUCUAGUAUUUAACCUUGUUGGCACUGUCCAUUUAUAGAUCUCCGGUUCCAUAGCUAAUGCAGUUAGUUCAUUUCCUUUCACAGAUGCAUUGAAGGAGGAGCUGGAUGAGUAUUUGAAGCGGCUGCACAUUGUGCGUGUGGUGCGUCAGCGGGAGAGAAAGGGCCUGAUUACUGCUCGGCUGCUGGGAGCCUCGGUGGCCACUGGAGACAUCCUCACCUUCCUUGACGCUCACUGUUAGUCCACACACAUACACGCCACAGUACUGACAUCAAACAACUGAGUCAUCAGGCUGGAACAACCAGAACAGCUCAGCCUUUUAGACACACCUGUUUAUCCACCUACACACUAAUCAUCAGAAUACUAGUCAAAUGCUCAUGCUGUUUAGGGCAUGGCAGUAAUGCCACAAACCAUAUUAUUGUUAUUGGAAUGUAACAUAUCUUCUAUUUUUGGGGUGGCUGUUUCCAGGUGGCCUGGGAAGUAUCAAAUCAGUGUUAAAUGUAGUUGUUCAGCUCACAGGUGAUUUCAUUUGUGGUAUUUUAGGUAUGUUCUCAAAGUGAUUGCUUUUAAACCACAGGCUUCUAUGUUCCUUGUUGAUGUAGUGUUUCACAUUUAAAAUUCUAUUUAGUGAUUGUAUUGUUAGGCUGAUGAUGAAUGCGUAUCCAACAGGUGAAUGCUUCAAUGGCUGGCUGGAGCCUCUACUGGCCAGGAUAGCAGAGAACUACACUGCAGUAGUGAGUCCUGACAUCACCACCAUUGACCUCAACACCUUUGAGUUUAUGAAGCCCUCGCCAUACGGACAGAACCACAACCGUGGUAACUUUGACUGGGGCCUGUCCUUUGGCUGGGAGAGUCUACCGGACCAUGAGAAACAACGGAGAAAGGAUGAGACUUAUCCUAUCAAGUGAGAAGAACUAUGUGAAUGCCUACUUUCAGGCAUGUCAAACACUUCUGUCUAUCUGUAUUCCAUGAUAGGUGGUUGUGAAUGAUCUAUUUCUCAGCUGAGUGUAAAAAAUAUCUGGACCCUCUAUUCAGUGGAUAUAUUUUACUUCACAGGACACCAACUUUUGCUGGGGGACUCUUUUCAAUCUCCAAGGACUACUUCUAUCUUAUCGGAAGCUAUGAUGAACAAAUGGAAAUCUGGGGCGGGGAGAAUAUCGAAAUGUCUUUCAGAGUAAGAGAAGGAUCACUUGCCUUUCUAUAUAGUUAGACAACAGCAUGUACAGUGCAUUCGGAAAGUAUUCAGACCCCUACAUUUUUUCCACAUUUUGUUACGUUACAGCCUUAUUCUAAAAUUGAUUAAAUUGAUCAAUCUACACACAAUACACCAUAAUGACAAAGCAAAAAAUGAAAUAUCACAUUUACAUAAGUAUUCAGACCCUUUACUCAGUACUUUGUUGAAACACCUUUGGCAGUGAUUACAGCCUAGAGUUUUCUUGAGUAUGAAGCUACAAGCUUGGCACACGUCUAUUUGGGGAGUUUCGCCCAUUCUUCCCUGCAGAUCCUCUCAAGCUCUGUCAGGUUGGAUGGGGAGCGUCACUGCACAACUAUGUUCAGGUCUCUCCAGAGAUGUUCGAUCGGGUUCAAGUCCGGGCUCUGGCUGGGCCACUCAGGGACAUUCAGAGACUUGUCCCGAAGCCACUCCUACGUUGUCUUGGCUGUGUGCUUAGGGUCGUUGUCCUGUUGGAAGGUGAACCUUCGCCCCAGUCUGAGGUCCUGAGCGCUCUGGAGCAGGUUUUCAUCAAGGAUCUCCCUGUAAUUUGCUCCAUUCAUUUUUCCCUCGAUCCCGACUAGUCUCCCAGUCCCUGUUACUGAAAAACAUCCCCACAGCAUGAUGCUGCCACCACCAUGCUUCACCGUAGGGAUGGUGCCAGGUUUCCUCCAGACGUGACACUUGGCAUUCAGGCCAAAGAGUUCAAUCUUGGUUUCAUCAGACCAGAGAAUCUUGUUUCUCGUGGUAUGAGAGUCCUUUAGGUGCCUUUUGGCAAACUCAAAGCAGGCUGUCAUGUGCCUUUUACUAAGGAGUGGCUUCAGUAAGACCACUCUACCAUAAAAGCCUGAUUGGUGGAGUGCUGCAGAGAUGGUUGUCCUUCUGGAAGUUUCUCCCAUCUCCACAGAGGAACUCUGGAGCUCUGACAGAGUGACCAUCGGGUUCUUGGUCACCUCCCUGACCAAGGCCCUUCUCCCCCGAUUGCUCAGUUUGGCCGGGUGGCCAGCUCUAGGAAGAGUCUUGGUGGUUCCAAACUUCUUCCAUUUAAGAAUGAUGGAGGCCAGUGUGUUCUUGGGAACCUUCAAUGCUGCAGAAAUUCUUUGGUACCCUUCCCCAGAUCUGUGCCUCGACACAAUCCUGUCUUGGAGCUCUACGGACAAUUCCUUUGACCUCAUGGCUUGGUUUUUGCUCUGACAUGCACUGUCAACUGUGGGACCUUAUAUAGACAGGUGUGUGCCUUUCCAAAUCAUGUCCAAUCAAUUGAAUUUAGCACAAGUGGACUCCAAUCACGUUGUAGAAACAUCUCAAGGAUGAUCAAUGGAAACAGGAUGCACCUGAGCUCAAUUUCGAGUCUCAUAGCAAUGGGUCUGAAUACUUAUGUAAAUAAGGUAUUUAUGUUUUGGCUUUGUCAUUAUGUUGUAUUGUGUGUAGAUUGAUGAGGAAAAUGUUUUAUUUAAUCCAUUUUAGAAUAAGGCUGUAAUGUAACAAAAUGUGGAAAAAGUGAAGUGGUCUGAAUACUUUCCGAAUGCACUGUAUUAGUGUGUCAUCAGUGCUAUUGUAAGUGAGUCAUCCUCUGUCUUUAUAUCGUGCAGCAGUAUAGUCGUCAUGCCAAGUAUUUCUAACAGUGUUGAGUGUGUUGCCUCUGUCUGUCUGCCUGCCUGCCUGUCUGUCUGUAGGUGUGGCAGUGUGGGGGUCAGCUAGAAAUAAUCCCUUGCUCCAUCGUGGGUCACGUGUUCCGCACCAAGAGCCCGCACACCUUCCCCAAGGGCACCCAGGUGAUCGCACGCAAUCAGGUGCGGCUGGCCGAGGUCUGGAUGGACGACUACAAGGAAAUCUUCUACCGACGCAACCAACAAGCUGCACAGCUGGCCAAAGACGUAUGUGGUAUUUCUGAGUGACAUUGUUAUAUUUUUGUACAUUUAAACCAAGCUAGGCAAGCUGAUAACCCAAGAAAUACGACAGGCAUUCUAAAGCUGUUAAUCCAUCACCUACAGCAGAGAUGGGUAACUGGCGUCCAGUCGCCCUUUUGAAGGCCCUCGGAUAGCUGUAUAUGUGUAUAUACAGUGGGGAGAACAAGUAUUUGAUACACUGCCGAUUUUGCAGGUUUUCCUACUUACAAAGCAUGUAGAGGUCUGUCAUUUUUAUCAAAGGUACACUUCAACUGUGAGAGACGGAAUCUAAAACAAAAAUCCAGAAAAUCACAUUGUAUGAUUUUUAAGUAAUUAAUUCGCAUUUUAUUGCAUGACAUAAGUAUUUGAUACAUCAGAAAAGCAGAACUUAAUAUUUGGUACAGAAACCUUUGUUUGCAAUUACAGAGAUCAUACGUUUCCUGUAGGUCUUGACCAGGUUAGCAUACACUGCAGCAGGAAUUUUGGCCCACUCCUCCAUACAGACCUUCUCCAGAUCCUUCAGGUUUCGGGGCUGUCGCUGGGCAAUACGGACUUUCAGCUCCCUCCAAAGAUGUUCUAUUGGGUUCAGGUCUGGAGACUGGCUAGGCCACUUCAGGACCUUGAGAUGCUUCUUACGGAGCCACUCCUUAGUUGCCCUGGCUGUGUGUUUCGGGUCGUUCUCAUGCUGGAAGACCCAGCCACGACCCAUCUUCAAUGCUCUUACUGAGGGAAGGAGGUUGUUGGCCAAGAUCUCGCGAUACAUGGCCCCAUCCAUCCUCCCCUCAAUACGGUGCAGUUGUCCUGUCCCCUUUGCAGAAAAGCAUCCCCAAAGAAUGAUGUUUCCAACUCCAUGAUUCACGGUUGGGAUGGUGUUCUUGGGGUUGUACUCAUCCUUCUUCUUCCUCCAAACACGGCGAGUGGAGUUUAGACAGAAAAGCUCUAUUUUUGUCUCAUCAGACCACAUGACCUUCUCCCAUUCCUCCUCUGGAUCAUCCAGAUGGUCAUUGACAAACUUCAGACGGGCCUGGACAUGCGCUGGCUUGAGCAGGGGGACCUUGCGUGCGCUGCAGGAUUUUAAUCCAUGACGGCGUAGUGUGUUACUAAUGGUUUUCUUUGAAACUGUGGUCCCAGCUCUCUUCAGGUCAUUGACCAGGUCCUGCCGUGUAGUUCUGGGCUGAUCCCUCACCUUCCUCAUGAUCAUUGAUGCCCCACGAGGUGAGAUCUUGCAUGGAGCCCCAGACCGAGGGUGAUUGACCGUCAUCUUGAACUUCUUCCAUUUUCUAAUAAUUGCGCCAACAGUUGUUGCCUUCUCACCAAGCUGCUUGCCUAUUGUCCUGUAGCCCAUCCCAGCCUUGUGCAGGUCUACAAUUUUAUCCCUGAUGUCCUUACACAGCUCUCUGGUCUUGGCCAUUGUGGAGAGGUUGGAGUCUGUUUGAUUGAGUGUGUGGACAGGUGUCUUUUAUACAGGUAACGAGUUCAAACAGGUGCAGUUAAUACAGGUAGGUGGAGUGGAGAACAGGAGGGCUUCUUAAAGAAAAACUAACAGGUCUGUGAGAGCCAGAAUUCUUACUGGUUGGUAGGUGAUCAAAUACUUAUGUCAUGCAAUGAAAUGCAAAUUAAUUACUUAAAAAUCAUACAAUGUUAUUUUCUGGAUUUUUGUUUUAGAUUCAGUCUCUCACAGUUGAAGUGUACCUAUGAUACAAAUUACAGACCUCUACAUGCUUUGUAAGUAGGAAAACCUGCAAAAUCGGCAAUGUAUCAAAUACUUGUUCUCCCCACUGUGUGUGUGUGUGUGUGUGUGUGUGUGUGUGUGUAUAUAUGUGUGUAUACAGUAUACCAAACAUUAGAAACACCUUCCUAAUAUUGAGUUGCACCACCCCUGCUGUAGGGGUUGAGGUCAGGGCUCUGUGCAGGCCAGUCAAGUUCUUCCACACUGAUCUCGACAAACCAUUUCUGUAUGGACCUCGCUUUGUGCACUGGGGCAUUGUCAUGCUGAAACAGGAAAGGGCCUUCCUCAAACUGUUGCCACAAUGCUGGAAGCACAGAAUCGUCUAGAAUGUCAUUGUAUGCUAUAGCGUUAAGAUUUCCCUUCACUGGAACUAACGGGCCUAGCCCGAACCAUGAAAAACAGCCCCAGACUAUUAUACCUCGUCCACCAAACUUUACAGUUGGCACUAUGCAUUGGGGCAGGUAGCGUUCUCCUGGCAUCCGCCAAACCCAGAUUUGUUUGUCUGACUGCCAGAUGGUGAAGCGUGAUUCAUCACCCCAGAGAGAACGUGUUUCCACUGCUCCGGAGUCCAAUGGCGGUGAGCUUUACACCACUCAAGCCGACGCUUGGCAUUGUGCAUGGUGAUUUUAGGCUUGUGUGCGGCUGCUCGGCCAUGGAAACCCAUUUCAUGAAGCUCCCGACUAACAGUUGCUGACGUUGCUUCCAGAGGCAAUUUGGAACUCUGUAGUGAGUGCUGCAACUGAGGACAGAUGAUUCUUAUGCGCUACGCGCUUCAGCACUCGGCGGUCCCAUUCUGUGAGCUUGUGUGGCCUACCACUUCGUGGCUGAGCCGUUGUUGCUCCUAGACAUUUCCACUUCACAAUAACAGCACUUACAGUUGACCGGGUCAGCUCUAGCAGGGCAGAAUUUGAAGAACUGACAUUAUGGAAAGUUGGCAUCCUAUGGUUGUGCCACGUUGAAAGUCACUGAGCUCAUCAGUAAGGCCAUUCUACUGCCAAUGUUUGUCUAUGGAGAUUGCAUAGCUGUGUGCUCGAUUUUCAGGAACGGGUGUGGCUGAAAUGGUAAAAUCCACUCAUUUUAAGGGGUGUCCACAUUCUUUUGUACAUACAGUGAGGGAAAAAAGUAUUGGAUCCCCUGCUGAUUUUGUACUGACAAAGACAUGAUCAGUCUAUAAUUUUAAUGGUAGGUUUAUUUGAACAGUGAGAGACAGAAUAAGAACAAAAAAAUCCAGAAAAACGCAUGUCAAAAAUGUUAUAAAUUGAUUUGCAUUUUAAUGAGGGAAAUAAGUAUUUGACCCCCCUCUGCAAAACAUGACUUAGUACUUGGUGGCAAAACCCUUGUUGGCAAUCACAGUGGUCAGACGUUUCUUGUAGUUGGCCACCAGGUUUGCACACAUGUCAGGAGGGAUUUUUUCCCACUCCUCUUUGCAGAUCUUCUCCAAGUCAUUAUGGUUUCGAGCCAGACGUUUUGCAACUCAAACCUUCAGCUCCCUCCACAGAUUUUCUAUGGGAUUAAGGUCUGGAGACUGGCUAGGCCACUCCAGGACCUUAAUGUGCUUCUUCUUGAGCCACUCCUUUGUUGCCUUGGCCGUGUGUUUUGGGUCAUUGUCAUGCUGGAAUACCCAUGCACAACCCAUUUUCAAUGCCCUGGCUGAGGGAAGGAGGUUCUCACCCAAGAUUUGACGGUACAUAGCUCCGUCCAUCGUCCCUUUGAUGCGGUGAAGUUGUCCUGUCCCCUUAGCAGAAAACACCCCCAAAGCAUAAUGUUUCCACCUCCAUGUUUGACGGUGGGGAUGGUGUUCUUGGGGUCAUAGGCAGCAUUCCUCCUCCUCCAAACACGGCAAGUUGAGUUGAUGCCAAAGAGCUCGAUUUUGGUCUCAUCUGACCACAACACUUUCACCCAGUUCUCCUCUGAAUCAUUCAGAUGUUCAUUGGCAAACUUCAGACGGGCCUGUAUAUGUGCUUUCUUGAGCAGGGGGACCUUGCGGGCGCUGCAGGAUUUCAGUCCUUCACGGCGUAGUGUGUUACCAAUUGUUUUCUUGGUGACUAUGGUCCCAGCUGCCUUGAGAUCAUUGACAAUAUCCUCCUGUGUAGUUCUAGGCUGAUUCCUCACCGUUCUCAUGAUCAUUGCAACUCCACGAGGUGAGAUCUUGCAUGGAGCCCCAGGCCGAGGGAGAUUGACAGUUAUUUUGUGUUUCUUCCAUUUGCGAAUAAUCGCACCAACUGUUGUCACCUUCUCACCAAGCUACUUGGCGAUGGUCUUGUAGCCCAUUCCAGCCUUGUGUAGGUCUACAAUCUUGUCCCUGACAUCCUUGGAGAGCUCUUUGGUCUUGGUCAUGGUGGAGAGUUUGGAAUCUGAUUGAUUGAUUGCUUCUGUGGACAGGUGUCUUUUUAUACAGGUAACAAACUGAGAUUAGGAGCACUCCCUUUAAGAGAGUGCUCCUAAUCUCAGCUCGUUACCUGUAUAAAAGACACCUGGGAGCCAGAAAUCUUUCUGAUUGAGAGGGGGUCAAAUACUUAUUUCCCUCAUUUAAAAUGAAAAUCCAUUUUAUAACAUUUUUGACAUGCGUUUUUCUGGAUUUUUGUUUUGUUAUUCUGUGUCUCACUGUUCAAAUAAACCUACCAUUCAAAUUAUAGACUGAUCAUUUCUUUGUCAGUGGGCAAACGUACAAAAUCAGCAGGGGAUCAAAUACUUUUUCCCCUCACUGUAUAGUGUGUGUGUGUAAUAUAUGUUUUACACACACUAUAUGUACAAAAGUAUGUGGACACCCUUUCAAAUUGUAGAUUUGACUAUUUCAGCCACAUCCGUUCAAGAAAAUCGAGCAGUAACAGUCAAAAGUUUGGACACACCUACUCAUUCAAGGGUUUUUCUUUAAUUUGACUAUUUUCUAUAUUGUAGAAUAGUAGUGAAGACAUCAAAAAUGAAGCUGGUUGAGAGAAUGCCAAGAGUGUGCAAAGCUGUCAUCAAGGCAAAGGUUGGCUAUUUGAAGAAUCUCAAAUAUAAAAUAUAUUUGUAUUUGUUUUACACUUUUUUUGGUUACUACAUGAUUCCAUAUGUGUUAUUUCAUAGUUUGAUGUCUUCACUAUUAUUCUACAAUGUAAAAAUAAAGAAAAACCCUGGAAUGAGUAGGUGUGUCCAAACAUUUGACUGGUACUGUGUAUAUAUACACUACCGUUCCUUCUACCCCCCCGAAAAAAACAAACAAAAAAAACAUUGUAAAGUGGUUAUCCCACUGGCUUUAAGGUGAAUGCACCAAUUUGUAAGUCGCUCUGGAUAAGACCGUCUGCUAAAUGACGUAAAUGUAAAAGGCUAAUUGAUCAUUAGAAAACCCUAGAACAGCUGGAAACUGUUGUGCUGAUUAAAGAAGCAAUAAAACUGGCCUUCUUGAGACUAGUUGAGUAUCUGGAGCAUCAGCAAUUGUGGGUUCGAUUACAGGUUCAAAAUGGCCAGAAACAAAUAACUUUCUUCUGAAACUCAAUCUAUUCUUGUUCUGAGAAAGUAAGGCUAUUCCAUGCGAGAAAUUCCCAAGAAACUGAAGAUCUUGUACAAUGCUGUGUACUACUCCUUUCACAGAACAGCGCAAACUGUCUCUAAACAGAAUAGAAAGAGGAGUGGGAGGCCCCGGUGCACAACUGAGCAAGAGGACAAAUACAUUAGUGUCUAGUUUGAGAAACAGACGCCUCACAGGUCCUCAACUGGCAGCUUCAUUAAAUAGUACCCGCAAAACACCAGUCUCAAUGUCAACAGUGAAGAGGCGACUCUGGGAUGCUGACCUUCUUCGCAGAGUUGCAAAGAAAAAGCCAUAUCUCAGACUGCCCAUCUUAAUCUUUUCUUUUUAUUGGCCAGUCUGAGAUAUGUAUUUUUCUUUGCAACUCUGCCUAGAAGGUCUGCAUCCCGGAGUCGCCACUUCACUGUUGACGUUGAGACUGGUGUUUUGCAGGUACUAUUUAAUGAAGCUGCCAGUUGACGACCUGUGAGAUGCUUGUUUCUCAAACUAGACACUCUAAUGUAUUUGUCCUCUUGCUCAGUUGUGCACCGGGACCUCCCACUCCUCUUUCUAUUCUGGUUAGAACCAGUUUACGCCGAGUGGCGCAGUGGUCUAAGGCACUGCAUCGCAGUGCUAGCUGUGCCACUAGAGAUCCUGGUUCGAAUCCAGGCGCUGUCGUAGCCGGCCGCGACCGGGAGACCCAUGGGGCGGCGCACAAUUGGCCCAGCGUCGUCCAGGGUAGGGGAGGGAAUGGCCGGCAGGGAUGUAGCUCAGUUGGUAGAGCAUGGCGUUUGCAACGCCAGGGUUGAAUUCCCACGUGGGGCCAGUAUGAUUUUUUUUUAUAAAAAAAUAAUGUAUGCACUCACUAACAUUUCUCUCCACCCUAUGGCAAUGUGUAGAAUUGCAGCAAACUUGCUUUGAAACUGCAACAUUUUCUCUACACUCCAUGGCAAAAUGUAUAGAAUUGCACAAAAUUAACUUUAAAACUAUUCAUUAUGUAUCUCAGAGUUCUGAUUUUUUUGUAGGCCCCACCGCCAUCAACGUUGCCCACCCCUGCCCAACAGUAAUGUUUUAACAGCUUUGCUCUGGACAUACUAAUGUUCUCAUUCUGACUGCAGGCCAGUUGUUAUCCCCUUGUAGGACAAGUUUGGGCAGCCACACGCCACAGGAGGUUGGUGGGACCUUAAUUGGGGAGGACAGGAUUGUGGUAAUAGCUGGAGCGGAAUUAGUGGAAUGGUAUCAAGUACAUCAAACACAUGGUUUCCAUGUGUUUGAUGCCACUCCAUUAGCUCCGUUUUGGACAUUAUUAUAAGCCUUCUUCCCCUCAGCAGCCUCCUCUGCCACACGCUGGGCCUAGGCUGUCUGUUGGUUAUGCAUAGUCUGGACAAAGUCUGAACAAGGUCACAUAUGCAAACACGUUCUUGUGAGGGGAACAUACAUUUUGAUUUCCAUUGUAUGUACAGUACUAAAAUUAGCCCAAUAUGUGAUGUAAAAUAAGUAGAAUUGACUAGUAUCCUUUGUGACUGAGAGAAAUCCAUUUGAGGAAAACCUUCUGUGCUAUUAGUAGUUUAGAGUUGUUAACAGGCAGGAAGUCUCUAAAGCUUCACGGAGCACAGCUACAGGCUGAAUGAAUUUAAAUGAAGCAAAGAGAGGAAAAAGUCAGACAUUUCUGGACUAGGGGGUUCAUAAUUUGCAAUGGUAUUUCAGCUAAGUUAUCUUAUGUAUAGAUGUAGGAUCUUAAUUUGAGCCAGUUUGCUACAGCAGGAAAAUAGUCCUACAGCAACAUGAAACAUGAAUGAUGUGGAUUAUAAUUAAUAUACAUUUUUGUAAGGGUUGAUACAUUUUUCGUAAGGGAAAAUCAAGUCUCAAAUUUCAAAGUGGAAAUUACAACAUUUUUAAACCUCAAAUACACUACAAGUUUUAAAUGUCCUGCAUUGCAGGAAAGUUCUCCUGCAAUGGGAUGAUCAAAUUCAAGUCCUACAUCUGUGUACAAAGUAUUUUUUGUGCAUGCCAAUUACUUGAAAUGGGAUUGGGCAGACUGAAACUCUGCCAUACAAGGUGCUGUCUUCGAGCUGUCACCCAUCAACCACUAAGCUCCAGCGCUAGACGGCCUGUGGGGAAGUGGUAAUGGAGGCUUCCCUCCCAGUUCAAAGCCUGGGCAGUGUGAGUAAUGAAGAAAGUUCCCCCUCUUUAAUGGCUGCUGCCUGGAAUUGUUCCCACAGAGGGCCUUCGGAGACGUCGCGCGGCGUGUGGACCUCCGGGAGCGGCUGCAGUGCAAGAGCUUCUCCUGGUAUUUGAAGAACGUGUAUCCAGAGGUCUUCAUGCCCGAUCUCAACCCACUCCACUUUGGCUCGGUAAGCCCCCACGUCAUCAUCCCCUCUCCCCUUCCCCUCUCCUAGGCUCUUUCCAGACCACAGUAUGUCUGGCCACAGUGGGUUUCCACUUAUCAUCUCCAGAGGGCUCAGAGAAGGGCUCCAGGCCAGGCCAGUGGAGAGAGCAGCUUCGCACUACCUAAGGUGGGAGGUUGCUGGGAUUGUUUGAACAGCUUGUGUGUCUUACUGAAAUCCCUUUCCUUGUGCCUCCAGGUGAAGAAUGUAGGUAAAGACUCGUGUCUGGAUGCAGGGGAGAACAACGAGGGAGGGAAGCGGCUGAUCUUGUAUCCAUGCCACGGCCUCGGAGGAAACCAGGUCAGAGGGAAGGGAAUGAAGGGACUGGGUUCAGUCAUGAAGGAAAUAAGAAUUUUGUCUGUCACUUUCGAAAUCAAGAGGAUGACUUAUCGUGUUCUUUGUGAUCCCCCAGUAUUUUGAGUACUCGACCCAUCACGAGAUCCGGCACAACAUUCAGAAGGAGCUGUGUUUGCAUGGGAUGGAGGGAGCCGUGAAGCUGGAAGACUGCCAGUAUAAAGGCCGCAGCACAUUUGUAGGAGCAGAACAGAAGUGGGAGUUAAGGGAGGUGAGACCAAAGACUCACAUCUCUACUCUAAUGGGCUCAGUCAAGAUUUCUACUUAAAAUCCUGGGGUUCAUCCUUUUGACUAUGAAAUAAUACCAAAUUGUUGGGGAUGUUGAUGCCUGGUACGCUUUUAUUAUCUUCACCAUAGAAGUAGAUGUUAGUUAUUUCCUACUGAGGAUGUUAGUGACUAAUCUGUGUCUUCUCUCUGUGUAGAACCAGUUAUUCUUCAUCCCAGGAUGGAAUCUGUGUCUGAGUGCCCGUCAUGAGUACCCCUCCUUGGUGGCCUGUAACCCCUCAGACAGAUACCAACUGUGGCUCUUUGUCUGAGGACAGGACACACAUGGACCUCGGCACUAGUAGAUGACAUGUGCCUGGGCAUUCUAGGACCAUUAGAGCAAUUGGUGUACAUUUUUAAAUGUAUUAUCAAAUUGAAUUUGUAUUUAUUUUUAUACGUAGAAGAACUGCUGCUGGAAAGUUGGGGAUUUUGAGGAGAAAUGCAACCUCGGGAAGGAAGCAUUCAAACUGAUACUGAAGAGUUUUGUUUUUUAUCAUUCCUUUUUUAUCAUGAUUGGGUUAAGGGAUAAUUUUGCUUCUGUCAUUCAAGCCUACCGCUGUCUGUGGAUUGACGGCACUGCCUGGGACUGAAAUGAGUGACUUUGGAUGGGUACUUAAUGAAGAGAGAGAUUUCAUUGAAGAAUGGCGCUAUUGGCUUAUCUUUUUCUCUUUUGUUUCUGUCUUACUCCAGAGGGAAAUCAACGUUAGAUUUUAUUUUAUUUAAUUACAAAGGCUUGUUCUUUAUUGCCCACACUGAAUAAUUUAUUAAUACAGUAGAUAUGUGAAAACCAACAACAAAAUGGACUCUCAAACAAUGCAAUAGUGCACGUGCCCCUUGCAUAAACAGAAUAACUAAGAUUGUAUGCACCAAAGACUCGUCAAGGGUUACUUUUUUAUUAAAACAAACGUUUGUAUUAUAGGUUAUUCAAUAUGUACCACUACUGCCUCUUUUUGUUAUGCAAAGACAUUUUAUCAGAUCUGACAGGAAGGUACUAGACAUGCAUUCUCCCUUACCACCGCUAGAGGAUCUGAUUCCCCUCUCACCCAGCUGGUUUUCCUCACAAGUAGAU